UCUGCAGACUAGUCAUUCAACAAUAAAACAGGUGCGACCGGCCGGAAAACUCCGAUGACCUGUCAGAUAGAGCAACAUUAGUCGGUGAGUUUCAAGAACUGAGUAACAUUUGGUCCAGGAAGAGGAGAAGAAGAAGCAAUUGUUGACACAUGGUGUAUUAUCCUGUAUUUUGAUCACAUUGAAAAAUCUCUUCUUUAUAACCUAACAGAACAAAUUGAACGUUUUGGUAGACUCAUGUCACCCGCCAUUCCCUAAGUUAGUACUGGCUUUUAAAAUAACCGAAAGCGCUUUUGGUGAAAAUGUUUUUAGAACUAAUCCUUAGUAAAAAUGCAAUUAAAUUCUAGAAAAGCACUUAAGUGCUUCCUAGAAGAAGCACAUAGCUGGUGCUUCUUGUAUAAAACACUUUAAGUGCUUUUGGAACCUAAAAAUUUUUUCUUUAAAAAUGCUUUCAAGUAUUUUAAAAAUACAUCCAAACUAGCUCUGAAUUAGAAAGAGGCUCUCUCUCUCUCUCAUGAUCACGAAGGUUCCACCUAAUCUUGUAUGUAAGUCCAUCUAAAUGUGUUAAACACUACAGAGAAAGUAGAUUGCAUCGUGUAUAUAUGAUUAAACUAGCGGCAAGUAAAGCGUCGUCACCAUGUUGCCACAAGCACUUCUUCUGGUGGUUCUUUUGAACACCAAUGUUGCUUCAACGUCAAAUAUCAUCACCGCCCUACCCGGCUUUCCCGGUAACCUCCCCUUCAAACUUGAAACUGGGUACGUGGGAGUAGGCGACAUGGAUGAUGUGCAGCUAUUUUAUUACUUCAUUGAGUCUGAAGGGAGUCCAGAAUAUGACCCUCUUGUGCUUUGGCUCACCGGAGGUCCUGGUUGUUCUGCGUUUUCUGCACUCGUAUAUGAAAUAGAUUCCAUUGGCAACAAGCCAAAGUUAAAGUUGAAUCCAUACUCAUGGACAAAGGUUGCCAACAUAAUAUUUGUAGAUGCGCCUGUCGGCACCGGAUUUUCAUACGCAAAAACUUGGAGAGGAUACGCUAAUAUGAGUGACACUUUAUCAGCAGCACAAACAUAUGAAUUUCUAAGAAAGUGGCUUAUGGACCACCCUAAGUUCUUCAACAAUCCACUCUAUAUUGGUGGCGAUUCUUACUCAGGGAUAGUUAUUCCUCUUAUCGUUCAAGAAAUAUCCGAUGGUAAUCAUGAUGACAAUAUGCCGCCAAUGAAUAUCAAAGGAUAUGUGCUUGGCAAUCCACUGACAGAUCCGAAAAAAGAUGAAAAUUCCAGAAUUUUAUUUGCUUACCUAAAAGCACUUAUAUCAGAUGAACUGUACCAGUCACUUCAAACAAAUUGCAACGGAGAUUAUAUCAAUGUGGAUCCGUACAACGCAUUAUGUGUGGUUGAUCUUGAAAUUUACAACGAGUGCACGGAAGACAUAUACCUUGGACAGAUACUGGAACCUACGUGUACUACAGUAACUUUGCUAAAAUCAAGAGGAUCAAUAUGGAAUCCGAACCAUCUCAGUGAUAAGGACUCUCUAAAUAUCCUCUUAACUUCUUCUAAACUUCUGAGGCCAUGGUGUCGGGACUACAAUUAUAUCUUCUCUGAAAUUUGGGCAAAUGACAGAACUGUUCAAGAUGCUCUUCAUGUUCAGGAGGGAAGCAUUGAAGAAUGGGUGAGAUGCAAUAAAAGCUUAGAAGAUUCAAAUAUAAAUGAUGUUUCCUCUAGUCUUGUAUAUCAUGAGAACCUUAUAAAACGAGGCUAUAGAGUUCUUGUUUACAGUGGUGAUCAUGAUAUGGUAGUUCCAUAUGUGGGUACUCUUGCUUGGAUAGAGUCGCUUAACUUGACUGUUGACAGUCGUUGGAGGCCAUGGUUCGUCAGUGGGCAGAUUGCAGGAUACAGUGUGCAGUACUCACACAUAACUAAUUACAAGUUGACAUUUACGACUAUAAAGGGAGCCGGUCACACAGCUCCAGAGUACAAACCUGAAGAGUGUCUUGCUAUGAUUAGUAGGUGGUUUGCAUAUUACCCUUUGUAGUCAGUAAUUCUGAUGAAGUACCCGUCGAUUUAUAGAUCCUCAUUUAUUUGGAGUAGAUUUAUAACAAUGUGUGGAAUAAACAAUAUGUUGUAAGCUUAGUCAUGAAGUGUUUAAUUUGCUUUUGCACAUUACCAAAGACAUCUUUGCUUCA